CUUGUGUUUGACUUUUUUUAUUUAUUAAUGUUGUUCACCAAUAUAUCCCAUGUUUGUUUAACGCAGCUCUCUCACCCGGAUUGGAUCAAAGUUUCUUCAAAAGAUCCCUGGAGCAAAUUUGUGUGUUUGGUUUGUUGGUCCAGGCAGAUCAUGGCUAUGAUUGCAGAUGCAGUUGUGGGUGAACUGGUUUCGCAACUUCUGAGUAAGGUUUUAGAAAUGAAGGACAGGGCUAAAAACUUCAAACCCACUCUGCUGAAGUUGGAGAACACCCUGAAAUUAUUACAACCAGAUGCGGAUGAGAUAGAAGCAGAAUACGCGAAACUGGAUCGGGCAUCGGAAACCGAGGGGUUGAAGAAACUUAUGAAGAAUGGAACGAAACUUGUUCAGGAUUGCUCUAAGAAAUUCCCGUGGUUGAAGCGUUUUUGGACUAAGGCUAAAUAUCAAAAGGAACUUGAUGAGCUGCAUAAGUCAAUUGAAACCUACUAUAGCCUAAAGAUCCAAGGUCAGACGUUGGCGACUGUGUUGCGGGUCGAGAAUAAGGUUGAUAGGCUUGGUUUACCCUCAAACGAUAGGAUUGAAUUCAGGGCUGUUUGCACGCCUCUCGACCCCCCUUCAUUCACUGUUGGCUUGGAUAAGCCUUUGGAUGUGUUGAAGGGGAUUCUGCUCUCCAAAAAGGCUAAUGUCACGGUCACAGUCCACACAAUAACAGGUUUAUCGGGUGUGGGGAAGACUACAUUAGCCCGCAAGUUUUGUUCCGAUAAGGAGGUUAAAGAUGAAUUCAAGGAGAAUAUCUUCUUCCUCACCUUGGGCAAAAUAAGCAACUUGAAUACAAUAGUGGAAAAACUGUUUAAACACAAUAAUUACAAGGCGACUGAGGUUGAAAGUGAUGAAGAUCUUGUAAACCAAUUGGCAAUUUUCUUUAAACAGAUUCGGCAAAUUAAAGGCCCAAUAUUGUUGGUACUGGACAAUAUUAUCCCUGGAUCAGAAUCUCUUGUUGAUAAUUUUGUGUUCGAGAUCCCAGACUACAAAAUUUUAGUGACAUCAAGAUCCGCAAAAACAAGGUUUGGCUCUCGUCAACUCUUGAAACCACUUGAUUCAGAUUUUGAUAUGGAUCUAUUUUGCCACUCAGCAUCCCUAGAUCAAUUGAGCUCUAAAAUUGCUCAUGAUGAUGUGAAAAAGAUAGUGAGAAGUUGUCGUGGUUCUCCCUCAGCACUUAUAGUGACUGCCUCAUCACUAAGGGGUCAAGAGGAUCCGCUGGUUUGGAACAACAGAGCGAAUGCAUUGUCCAAUGGUCACCAACCAAAACUAGAUUCUAACAAUGAUGUGCUUAAUUGUCUUCAUAAGAGCUUAGAUGUCUUGAAUCCUAAGGCCAUGGAGUGUUUUAAGGACCUAGGCUUAUUUCCUGAAAAUCAGAAGAUUCCUGUUGCUGCCCUUGUGGAUAUGUGGGCAGAACUGCAUACUGGAAAUGAUGCGAGUGCACUGGAAAAUAUUUAUCAACUGGUCCACAUGAACUUGGCUGAUAUUAUUGUGACAAGGAAACUUGACAUAGUUGACUAUAAUUACCGCUAUGUUACUCAGUAUGGUCUUCUUCGAGAUUUAGCCAUUUACCAAACUAUCCAUGAGGCAGAGGACAAGGGGAGUAGACUAAUUAUUGAAAAAAAUGGAAAUAAUCUUCUCAGAUGGUGGGGUGUUGAGAUUGCAACUCGAAUAUUAUCCAUCUCAACUGAUGAAGCAUUCCCUUCAGAAUGGUGUAAUAACUUGCAGACAACUGAAGUUGAAGCUCUGGUGUUGAACCUUCGAGGAAAGAAGUGCACGUUGCCAAUGUUCAUGAAAAAUAUGAAUAAACUAAAAGUCUUGAUAUUGUCAAAUUAUGACUUCCCUCCUGUUGAGUUAGAGAAUUUCGAGUUGCUUGAACAUCUGCCUAGUCUUAAACGACUCAGGUUAGAUAAUGUUUCGAUUCCUCUCCUCAUCAAGGCCGAAGUGCAAUUGAAGAAUCUUCGAAAGUGUUCCUUUUUCAUGUGCAAUGUGAAUGAAACAUUUAAAAAUUCCAACACCCAAGUUUCAGAUAUGCUGCCAAAUUUGGUGGAGAUGGACUUCGACUAUUGCACUAUGGUUGAACUGCCAGUUGUGGUCUCUAAUAGUGUUUCUUUAACCAAGCUCAGGAUUACAAACUGUUAUAUGCUUACUAAACUUCCUGAAGAAAUUGGGAAGUUGGUAAAUUUGGAAACACUAAGCCUUAGUUCUUGCAUUGAUCUAGUAGAGUUGCCCCAAUCAAUCACUAGCCUUGAGAAACUAACAUUCCUUGAUAUCUCUGAUUGCAUAAGCUUCACUAAGUUACCUGAGGACAUAGGCAAGUUGAGAAAUUUACAAAAGCUCAAUAUGAGAGGCUGCUCGAGAUUAUCUGAGUUACCCAGCUCAAUUAUGGACAUUGAAGCGUUAAAGGAUGUGGUAUGUGAUGAAGAGGUGGCUGAAUUAUGGGAAGAUUUCAGAAUGGUCCGUGAAGAUAUAAGGCUACAGGUCAUUAAAACGGACUUCAGUUUAGAUUUCCUUCAUCUGCGCUGAUGAUUGGUGGGAUGGCAUCACAAUCAAGAGGGGACGAAAUAUCAAGAAUUAAAUUUCUGUGUUUUGUCAUGAUAGAAUAAAAAAAAGUUGGUGAUAGAAUAAAAAUAUUAUUGCAUUUCCUGAAAUUUGUAAUGGAAUAAUAUAGCAUAGUAUGAAACUAUGAAUUAUGAUUUAUGAGUGUAUUAUUUUCAUUCCAUAAAUUAUUAUUUUCAUUUUCAUUUGUAGCCC